GCGCCAAGAAUAGCAGCAAAGCCUCGCCGCCAUCUCUCUCCACCACCCAAAAUUUCUAAAAGACGCCGCGCGCUUUCUCACCAACCGCACACAUCAACCACCACAGGCUGACGCCCGCGCCGGCCACAGCUAGCGCGUACGCCGCCGCCGCCGCCGCCGUCGUCGUCGUCGUCUCCGAUCGAUCGACGAACCGAGGCACCAGCAGCACGGAGCUAGGAGGGUAGCGAUCGAGACAUGGGGAAGCAUGGCAAGUGCGACGUGGAGGCGUGCUACCCGGGCGGGGCGCCGGGCGGCGGGAUGUACCCGUACAUGAUCGAGAACGCGCAGCUCCGGUGGGCGUUCAUCCGCAAGGUGUACGUGAUCGUGUCGGUGCAGCUGCUGGUGACCGUCGCCGUCGCCGGCGCGGUGAACCUCGUCGAGCCCAUCAAGACCUUCUUCCAGGCUCGCACGCCGGAGGUCCUCGUCGCCUACGUCAUCAUCAUCAUCUCCCCCCUCAUCAUGAUGCUGCCGAUGAUCUACUUCCGUAACAAGCAUCCGAUCAACCUCUUCUUCCUCCUCCUCUUCACCGUCUGUAUUAGCUUCUCCGUCGGCCUGGGUUGCCUCUCCAAGAAUGGGACAGUGAUAUUUCAGGCGGCGGGAAUGACGGCGGCGAUAGUGAUCGGACUGACCUGCUACACGUUCUGGGCCGCCAAGAGAGGCUACGACUUCGAGUUCCUCGGCCCAUUCCUCUUCGCUGCCACGCUCGUCCUCUUCCUCUACGCCAUAAUCACGAUCUUUUUGCCGAUGGGGAGAACGGGGAAGUUGGUGUACGGGUGCGUGGCGGCGCUGAUCUUCUCCGGGUUCAUUAUCUACGACACCGACAACCUCAUCAAGCGAUACACCUACGACGAGUACGUGGCCGCCGCCAUCACGCUCUACCUCGACAUCAUCAACCUCUUCAUGGCCCUCGUCACGGCGCUCCAGGCCGCCGAUGGGUAGUAGAACAAGUUUGCCAACCACAUUGGGCUGCAGGAUGAAGCUGGAUCGAAAUGUGAUUUCUAGUACUUUUUUUUAAACACAAGACAGUGUAUGUAAAGAUAGGGUUAAACAACUCCUUUGUGAUUGGGCAUUAACAAGCAAGCAUUGCCAGUCCAAACUGUAGUUUGAAUCAUCUUGUCAUGACAUAGCAAAUUGACCGAAUGACCACAAGUUUGGUUCCCAGUUAACUAAGACAGGCAAACAAACACAAGCUAAACAUAUGCAACAGUUGCUGUGACGCAGAUCGAUCGAUCUAACAAGUACCACCACAACUCCAAAUAUGAAUUUCUUAAGAAACAUGUAACGGUUACUGUGAAGCAGAUCGAUCGAUCGAUCAAGAAGGUACCACCACAACUCCAAAUAUGAAUUUCUUAAAGAGGAAACAUAUGAAUUCGCUUGCCACAUCAAGCCAUCGGUAGCACUACAAGGUAAAGCCCGAGGCCAAGAGGCAAAUGUAUGGUAUCUCCACCAGAUCCUGCGGCUCUCAAAUUCCUCAUGUA